AUGGCCUUGCCGAUACCGGAUCUCCCGGUCCUCGCUGAAGACGAUUCAAUGCUGUCGCGCAAGUUCGGCCGUGAACUGGCCAACUACUUUGCUGGGAGUCCUUUGAACAGAUUAUCGUUCUUGCGUACAGACCACGCCUUCUUAUCGUCUGCCUUCUCCCAUCCAACUACCAAGUUUUUGCUUUUGCAGAAUCUUUCUCCGCUAGCCAAAGACCCGACAACACUGGCCUAUGUUCACAAGGCCGAUGUAGAGCCGUUGACGGGUCCCGAUCCGUUCAAGAAGACAGAAGAGCAGCUGCUUCAGGAAUUCAAUUCUGACGUUACUUUCCCCGUCGUUCUUUUCUUGGGCAUCGACGAGAAGAAGAAGACUGGCUUCGAAUGGCGCGAGUAUAAGGGCGAAGCGCAUUUUGCCGUGGAUGUCACUCCCCAGGGGCCCAUCGCAGAGAAGGCAAAGAGCGUGACCGAGGCUGUCAAAGCUAAGGGCAUUGACUUCCUCCCCGGAGCGCGACAUGUGUCCUUGAAUGCACCAGAAGCGGCCAUCUAUGCCCAGGCCCGACAUAUGCUGGACUGGAACGCAAGAAACCCCUUCUGCGGUGGGUGCGGCCAGAAAACAUUGUCCACAAACUCCGGCACGAAGCGGGUCUGCCCGCCUACUGACUGGGCGGGACUCCCUGAUGGCUCCAAAGCACCCAAGGAGCGAGGACACUGCCCAACUAGAAAAGGGAUAUCCAACUUGAGCUUUCCCAGGACAGACCCGACAAUCAUCGUGGCAGUGGUAUCAGCUGAUGGCACCAAGCUUCUGCUUGGCCGAAGCAAGCGCUUCCCGCCAGAUUGGUACAGCACGCUCGCCGGCUUCCUCGAGCCAGGAGAGUCGAUUGAGGAAGCAGUUCGACGAGAAGUAUACGAAGAAAGCGGCGUUAUGGUUGGGCGGGUUGUUAUUCACAGCUCGCAGCCCUGGCCCUACCCGGCAAACCUCAUGAUUGGGGCCAUUGCGCAGGCGACGCCUAGCGGAGAGACGAUAUAUCUCGGCAACGAUGCCGAACUCGAGGAUGCAAAGUGGUUCUCCCAAGACGAGGUUAGAGAGGCUUUGCUUGUUGGUGUUGAUCAGUUCGGACAAGAUGGGUCUCAGAGCCGCAAGGAGGGCGCAUUGAGAUUACCUCCUCAAACAGCUAUUGCAAAUCGGCUGAUUGAUGCUGUCAUCGGAGGUUAUCUGGGAGCCGCGUCGAAAAUCUAG